GUUUGCAGACAUCAGCAAAUCCCAAUGACUGCCCCCGCCGUUGCACCCACCACUCUCAGCCUCUCAGGGUGUCUGCCGCACAGGGAACGUCGGGAGCGCCAUGGACGCUGCGAUUGACCUUUCGGAUGCCUCCAAGGCCUUGGAUCUGGCCAAUAUCCGCUUCCAGCUCAUACGGUUAGAGGACACAAUCACCUUCCACCUGAUAGAGCGCGUCCAGUUUCCUUUAAACAAAACCGUCUACGUCCCUGGCGGCGUGCAUAUCCCGGGCAGCGGCUUCAGCCUCCUUGACUGGAUGCUGCGGGAGCAGGAACGCCUGCAGUCCCUCGUCCGCCGCUACCAGUCGCCCGACGAGUACCCCUUCUUCCCCGAUGUGCUCCAGCAGCCCAUCCUGAAGCCCCUCGACUACCCCAAGAUCCUCCAUCCGAACGACGUGAACGUGAAUACAAAGCUCAAGGAGAGUUACAUCGAGCAUAUCCUUCCAGCCGCAUGCGUGCAGACAGGACACGGCGAUAGAGGAGAGCGGCAGGAAAACUAUGGGUCGGCAGCGACUUGUGACGUGCUGUGCCUGCAGGCUCUAUCCCGGCGCAUACACUUUGGGAAGUUUGUGGCGGAGGCAAAAUUCGUAAAGGAGACCGAGCGCUUUGUGAAGCUAAUCAAGGCGGACGACAGGAAGGGCAUUGACGAGGCUAUCACGGAUGCAAAGGUGGAGAAGAAGGUUCUGGAGAGACUCAGGCUCAAGGCUAAGACCUAUGGCACGGAUCCUGAGAAUGGUUCGAGCGCUCCUUCAAAGGUCAAUGCCGAUGCCGUUGUUGCAAUGUACAAGGAUUGGGUUAUCCCGCUGACCAAGGAAGUUGAGGUGGACUACCUGAUGCAGCGAUUGAAAGGCACGGAAUGGGAGUGAAAAGCGGCGCUCUUCGAACCUCGAAACUAGCCGUCUUCGAUGGAGAUUGAUAGAUCAUUCGCCUUGCUAUAUCGCGAUGCUUGGGUAAGCAAGCUGAGGAUCUAUUCAGCAAAAUGGGAAUGUUGUCUUGGAUAGAUAGCUUCUCUCGGAAUUCUCGGAAUGCCCCAGGCACCCCAUCGGAGCACUCUCGGCCUCCGUAGCCAAAGCCACAUAUCCAAACAUCACUUUCACCCC